AGAAUUAUAAAUUUAGUUUUAAGAAUUCAGGUGUGUGACUACUUAUAAGGAAUUAACAUAAAUAUUAUGAGAAUUACCGAUAAAAGUCCGAAAUUCGUUUCAUAUUUUAUCGAAAUUUGGAGGGAAUUAAUUUGACGUUGGCAACAUUGAAGGUUGUACAGUACUCGUCCCUCCAUUUCGAAUUGUUGGCGGACGGUCUGCGUACAGUCGCGAGUUCCCCAGGAAGGUUCCUCAAAUUAUACAGGUUCAGUGAAUUCGCCACCGCCAACCAUACCGGACAAGACAACACAUCGUAUUUGACGAAAACCCCGGAUAAGACAAAUAAAUACUCGGACAAGACUAUUUCUCGGCUUAGACAAGACCAAGGUCUAGACAAACGACAGAAUGGAUGACAUUCUUUUAGCAAGGCUUAGGCUCAUUAACGACAAACUCACAACGGACUUAGAAGUAAUACCUAGUACUGUUAAUUUAGAAAAUUUAGUGCAGGCUCAAAUGACCUACGGUAAAUUAGAGGCAUCUCUGAAAAGACUUAAUGGAGACCUGAUGGAGUACUUUAGGCUAGCUUCGACACCCGCAUCUGAUGAAAUCUGCUUGAUAAGUGGGCUUCAGCUUCAAGCAGAGGAGACUUUAGCUGAACUUAAGGUGAAGAUCGACCAGAUAUCUACAUCAAGCAAACCAUCAGAGAAGCUGACUGAAGCGAACUCCUCGUGCAGACUUCCUAAGCUCCAGCUGCCGGUGUAUAAUGGGGAUGUACUGGCGUGGUAUGAAUUUUGGGAUGCCUUCAGAAGCAACAUCGAUGCAAGGAACCUGCCGGAUGUUGACAAGCUUUCGUAUCUCAAAACUUCAGUCACGGGAGAUGCCAAAAAAGCUAUAGACGGUCUAUCAACUACUAGCAACAACUACGCUAUCGCCGUUUCUAUUCUGAAAGAAAGGUUCGGGAAAACUUCACAUCUCAUAGAUGCGCACUAUGCAACAUUAUAUAAGGUUAAGAUGGCCAAAGGCAAUGCGGAUGACUGUAGAAGGACUUUCAACGAAAUCGAGCGGAAUCUCAAAAUUUUAGAAUCACUAGGUGAGAACAUCAACCAUAAUCAUCUACGCUUCAUGCUACUGGAGAAGUUUCCUUCGGAUCUAGUAUACGAAAUAAAACUGAAAGUUAAUGAUGAUUCCAUACAAGAAUUAAGAAGCCAAUUAGAUAAAAUUAUUACAGCCAAAGAGGACGCUGAAAGGAUUUCAGGUAGGAAACGCCCUCAAGACACAGAAGCUAGUACGGUCGGGACUCUUCAUGUAAAUGCAAAACGUGCAAGAUACGCAGACCAAUCCCAGCCACAACACAGUAACAAGAAGAAACAAAACCAACAAGGAGGCUUCAACAGAAGACCAAUGCAGAAGAAUAAGUUUAAUGGUUUCAAGAAACGUAAUAAAGGCAACGGAUCGAACCAAACUUCAACUUCAAGCAAGGAUCAAGCAGAAACUCGGCAAAGUCUUCCAGGAUUUAAGAAGGGAUUGAAGUGUAUAUUUUGCAAAGGGGACCAUUAUAAUGAUAGUUGCCCUGAAGCAUCUACUUUAGCAGAAAGGAAGAAACGACUUGCAGGACGAUGCUACAUCUGCCUCAGUCAGGAUCACCUAGCAAAAGAUUGCCGGAAUAAUAAAAGGUGUUUCCGUUGUAAAAGAGAAGCACAGCAUAAUAGAGCAUUAUGCCCUUCAAAUUUUCAGAAGGAUACAACGGAGAAGAGUCAGUCCUGA